AUGGCAGGCAGGAAGCGCCAGAGAACUGCGGACGAAGCGGAAGUGGAGAUCCGGAAGGUCGGAAACGAGGCCCAGUGCGGCCAUAUGACUCCUGACGACAAAGCCCUCGCCGGCGCUGCGAAAAAGGCGCGGCGGGACAUCACUUCAGAUGCGCACGUGGCCGGCCUAGAGCCUGUUGCCGACCACGAGAUCUACCCCGAGGCUCCCGCAGACACUCAACUGACCCGGGCGCCGGAGACACUGGACAUAAGUUCCGUAUACAUCAAGCGGCCGGUGAUCAAGAAGCACAGCUGCGGCGCCGGAGCCACCGAGUGCGCUAUGCGCGAGGCUGCCUCUGCACUGCUAGCCGAGACACUCGCUCUGGAGAAGCUCUCCAAGACGCCGCAUCCGUGCAUUGUCCAGUACCACGGCUGUCGGGUUCGCCGGGGCCGCAUCACGGCGGUCGUAUUGGAGCGCCUCGGCCAGACGCUGAAUGACUACGCCUUCAACGAGCCGGACAAAUCCAAGUUUGCGAGGUUGGACAAGGACAUGUUCCUGGCAGUUGUGGACUCGGCCGUCAAAUUCCUGCACUCACUGCGCCUGGCACACAACAACGUCAGCCCCGACAACAUCGUGGUCCGCGAGGCCGGUGAUGGGUCCUGCUGGCCGGUGCUCAUCGGCUUUGGUUCGUGCGCUCCGCUUGGAGCGCAGUUGGUGUCAAGCGGGAAGCCCGGCUUCGCAAAACCGGAGGACAAGUCGCCGUUGAUCUCGCACAAGAAGAACGACGAGAUCGCGCUCGCGCGCCUGCGCGAGUGGUGGGAGGAUGCACGGCAGUUAGGAGCAGUUUGA